GCAGGGGACUUUGGGGCCACCCUGGAGGACCUGCGGGACCUUAUGGAGCUGAGAGGUGCAGAGGCCAUUCAGAAGAUCCAGGAGAACUACACGGACACAGAGGGCCUCUGUCAGAGACUGAAGACCUCCCCAGCCGAUGGCCUAUCGGACAACCCGUCAGACCUAGAGAAGCGUGGUCAGGUGUUUGGCCAGAACUUUAUCCCUCCUAAGAAGGCCAAGUCGUUCCUGGAGCUGGUCUGGGAGGCCCUACAGGAUGUAACUCUUAUCAUCCUAGAGAUAGCUGCCAUCAUCUCCCUCGCACUGUCCUUCUACCAACCGCCUGGAGAGGAGAGCGAAGCGUGUGGGAAUGUGGCAUCCGGUGCAGAGGACGAGGGCGAGGCGGAGGCUGGCUGGAUUGAGGGCGCGGCCAUCUUGCUGUCUGUCGUCUGCGUAGUGCUGGUGACGGCCUUUAACGACUGGAGCAAGGAGAAGCAGUUCCGGGGGCUGCAGAGCCGCAUUGAGCAGGAGCAGCGAUUUGCCGUGGUGCGGAAUGGCACCGUCAUCCAGAUCCCUGUUGCUGAAAUGGUGGUUGGGGAUGUGGCCCAAAUCAAAUACGGUGAUCUCCUGCCUGCUGAUGGGAUACUGAUACAGGGCAACGACCUGAAGAUCGAUGAGAGCUCGCUGACCGGAGAGUCUGACCAUGUAAAAAAGUCUGUUGACAAGGACCCCAUGUUGCUGUCUGGAACUCAUGUGAUGGAAGGCUCAGGAAAGAUGCUUGUUACUGCUGUGGGGAUCAACUCUCAAACUGGAAUCAUCUUCACUCUACUGGGGGCUGGAGAGGGGGAGGGGGAGGAUGAGAAGAAAGACAAGAAAGCCAAGAAACAGGAUGAGGCUGUUGCCAUGGAGAUGCAGCCCCUGAAGAGCGCUGAAGGUGGGGAGGUGGAAGCGGAGAAGAAAAAGGGCAACGUGCCUAAAAAAGAGAAGUCUGUGCUCCAGGGCAAACUCACUAAACUGGCCGUGCAGAUCGGGAAGGCAGGUCUGGUCAUGUCAGCCAUCACAGUGAUCAUCCUGGUGAUGUACUUUGUGAUUGAGACCUUUGUGGUGCAGGGCCGGGAGUGGCUCACUGAGUGUACCCCCGUCUAUGUGCAGUACUUUGUCAAGUUCUUCAUCAUCGGCGUCACAGUGCUGGUGGUGGCUGUGCCUGAGGGGCUGCCACUGGCUGUUACUAUAUCACUGGCCUACUCUGUCAAGAAAAUGAUGAAGGACAAUAACUUGGUGCGCCACCUGGAUGCCUGUGAGACCAUGGGCAAUGCCACGGCCAUCUGCUCCGACAAGACAGGCACCCUCACUACCAACCGAAUGACCGUGGUGCAGGCCUACGCGGGCGACCAGCACUUCCACAAGGUCCCACACCCUGACCAGAUGAAUCCUAAAGUGCUGGACACGCUCGUCAACGCCAUAGCUGUCAACAGCGCCUACACCUCCAAGAUUAUGCCCCCGGAUAAGGAGGGAGGCCUACCCAAGCAGGUGGGCAACAAGACAGAGUGUGCCCUACUUGGCUUCAUCCUGGACCUGAAGAGGGACUAUGCCCCUGUGAGGGAACAGAUCCCUGAGGAGAAGCUCUACAAGGUCUACACCUUCAACUCUGUGCGCAAGUCCAUGAGCACGGUGGUGCAGCUGCCUGAUGGAUCCUUCCGCCUCUACAGCAAGGGGGCCUCUGAGAUCCUGCUCAAGAAAUGCUCCUCUAUCAUGGCUGGUGGUGGCGAUCCACGGGGUUUCCGCCCGCGGGACAGGGACGAGAUGGUGAAGAAGGUGAUCGAGCCCAUGGCCUGCGACGGCCUGCGCACCAUCUGCGUGGCCUACAAGGACCUGCCGGCCAGCCCUGAGCCUGACUGGGAGGACGAGGCUGGCAUCGUCAGUGACCUCAUCUGUAUCACAGUGGUGGGCAUCGAGGACCCUGUCCGCCCAGAGGUCCCAGAUGCUAUCAAGAAAUGCCAGCGGGCAGGUAUCACUGUGCGUAUGGUGACAGGUGACAACAUCAACACAGCGCGCGCCAUCGCUGCCAAGUGUGGCAUCAUCCAGCCUGGGGAUGACUUCCUGUGUAUAGACGGGAAGGAAUUCAACCGACGAAUCAGAAAUGAGAAAGGAGAGGUUGAGCAGGAGCGCAUUGAUAAGGUUUGGCCCAAACUAAGAGUUCUGGCUAGGUCCUCACCUACAGACAAACAUACACUGGUCAAAGGCAUCAUAGACAGCACCGUACUGGAGCAGCGGCAGGUAGUGGCAGUGACAGGGGACGGGACAAACGACGGACCUGCCCUGAAGAAGGCCGAUGUUGGCUUUGCCAUGGGCAUCGCUGGUACUGACGUAGCCAAGGAAGCCUCUGACAUCAUCCUGACUGAUGACAACUUCUCUAGCAUUGUGAAGGCAGUCAUGUGGGGCCGCAACGUCUAUGACAGCAUCUCCAAGUUCCUCCAGUUCCAGCUCACUGUCAACGUGGUGGCUGUCAUCGUGGCCUUCACCGGCGCCUGUAUCACACAGGACUCUCCCCUGAAGGCUGUCCAGAUGUUAUGGGUGAACCUGAUCAUGGACACCUUUGCCUCCCUGGCCCUAGCCACUGAGCCGCCCACUGAGUCCCUGCUCCUGAGGAAGCCUUAUGGCCGCAACAACCCCCUCAUCUCCCGGACCAUGAUGAAGAACAUCCUGGGCCAUGCCAUCUACCAGCUCACCAUUAUCUUCACCCUGCUGUUUGCAGGAGAGAAGAUCUUCAACAUUGAUAGUGGACGCAAUGCCCCUCUGCACUCUCCUCCCUCCGAGCACUACACUAUCAUCUUCAACACCUUUGUGCUCAUGCAACUGUUCAACGAGAUCAAUGCCCGUAAGAUCCACGGUGAAAGGAACGUUUUUGACGGCAUAUUCCACAACCCUAUUUUCUGCAGUAUUGUGCUGGGGACUUUUUUAAUGCAGUUUGUGAUUGUGCAGUUUGGGGGGAAACCUUUCAGCUGCACACCACUCAAUGUGGAGCAGUGGCUGUGGUGUCUGCUCGUGGGAGUAGGAGAGCUGCUGUGGGGACAGCUCAUCACCACGGUACCCACCAGCCGCCUGCCCUGUCUGAAGGAGGCGGGUCAUGCGCUCGGUAAGGAGGAGAUGAUUGAUGAUGACAUGGCAGAUGAUGAGCAAGAGAUUGACCAUGCCGAGAGGGAGCUGCGUCGAGGGCAGAUCCUCUGGUUCAGGGGCCUCAAUCGCAUUCAAACUCAGAUCCAAGUGGUGAAAGCAUUCCGUAGUCCACUUUAUGAUGGCAUUGAGAAGCCGGAAUCCAAGAACUCCAUCCACGACUUCAUGGCACACCCGGAAUUUCUCAUCAAUGACUCGGUCCACAACAUCCCCUUGAUUGACGAGACAGACAUUGAAACCGAAGAAUCAGAGCGCUCAGACUGCAACAACAGCCUCCCCGUUACACUCAACUGCAACAACAACGCCACUGCUGCUGCUGAGAAUGGAGAUCAUCUGACCCCAAAAGAUGCAAGACUACCAGCUGCUUCUCUCUGCCGCCCCGCCAGCCCAUUGCACAACGUGGAGACCUGUUUAUAA